CCCCAUGCAAAUCUCUCUCCCACCAUUUUUACUCCCUUUUCAAAUCCCUUUUCCCUCCUCGUCGAUCACUCAUGGAUUCCUUCAAGAAAUCUCUCAAACCCAAUGGACCUUUCAAGCAUUCCAGGAAGAUUUCUGCCGGCGGAGCUGGAAGCGAAAUCAAUCAGGAGGAGCUCCCCAUUCUUCUCGAUCACCAACCCUCUGAUCAGCAUAAUCGCCUUAAGGUUCGUCGACCAGCCAACGACGGCGAACCUUCUGGACACAGUGACGUCAUUCUCAAGGUUGAUGAUGGCGGUUCUUCGGCUGUCUCAAGAUCACAGGAGUCUGCCGGCUAUGGCGGGAAGGUUUGGCGGGAAUCUAGGUAUGACUUCUGGAGUAAUAAUGAUGGAAUUGGAACUGGAGGAAGUGCGAGUUGGGCCAGUGGUGCGAGAGCGAGUGAUAGUGGUGAUAGAAAUGAGGGAUUUGAAUUUGUGAGGCGUGGGAAUGGUACGGAUGAUCCGCCGACGAAGCUGAUUGGUGAUUUUCUUCUUAAGCAGAAAGUUAGAGGCGAAACGACUUUGGAUUUGGAUCUGGAAAUGGAGGAGUUGCGGCUGGAUAGGACUAAAACUCCGAUGAUGGACUCGCCGUUGAGUCGGGCUUCGAAGGAUCUUAAAGUUUCGUUUCAACAUGACUCGACUGAAAUAUCGAGCAAUGAAUCGGUUCGACGGCGGUAUAAAGAGUUCCGUGAAAUGCAAGAAGAGAGCAAAAGAGGUCAGCCGUCAUGGCAUCAAUCGCACCAUGAACAUCGCGGAUCUUCCAUCUCUGGUGUUCAGAACGACUCUGUUGCUGAAGCUAUGAGAAGCGCAUCUAACUUGUCUUUUCAGAGCACUCUUUCGUUGCAUAGGAAAUCUCAUUUGCUGAAGGCUAAAGGCAAGUCGAGAUUGACAGAUCCGCCGGCAGAACCAGACCGGCUCUCCGGCCUCGUUAAUAAAUCGGGACAGCUCCGAUCAGGGUUUCUCGGCAGGACUGACGAUGAGGAGGACGACCCUUUUCUGGAGGAGGAUUUUCCAGACGAUUUCAGAAGGGGUAAGCUCGAUGCUCUAACUGUGCUUCAAUGGAUCAGUUUGUUUCUAAUCACUGCUGCUUUAGUUUGCACACUUUCUAUUCGUCAUUUGAGAGAAAAUAGCUUAUGGGAAUUUAGUAUAUGGAAAUGGGAGGUGAUGGUUUUGGUACUGAUUUGUGGGCGAUUGGUAUCUGGUUGGGGGAUUGGGAUUGGAGUAUUUUUCAUUGAGAGGAAUUUUCUUUUGCGUAAGAAGGUUCUGUAUUUCGUUUAUGGGGUUAAGAGGCCGGUGCAGAAUUGUCUAUGGUUAGGCCUUGUUCUAAUCGCUUGGCAUUUGUUGUUUGAUAAGCGGGUUAAGAAUCAAACCAACAGCGAUAUACUCGAUUAUGUCAGGAAAAGUUUAGUGUGUCUCUUGUUAGGCACAUUGAUUUGGCUAGCUAAGACCCUGAUGGUGAAGGUGCUUGCAUCUUCCUUCCAUGUGAGCACAUACUUCGAUCGAAUUCAGGAAUCGUUGUUUAACCAAUAUGUAAUUGAGACGCUUUCGGGGCCACCACGGAUUGAGCUUCAGAAGAGUGAGGAAGAACAGAAGAAAAUUGCAGAUGAAGUUCAAAGAUUACAGAGUGCAGGAGUUCCCGUACCCCCAGAUCUAAGGGCAGCAGCUUUAUCUUCUAUAAAGAGUGGUGAAAGGGUAAGAAGCAAUGUGGGGAGCCAGAGAAGUUUGCGUGGAAAAGAUCCCAAACUCUCAAGGGUAUCUACCAAAAAUGGAAGUGAAGGGAUAAAUAUUGACCAUUUGCACAAGCUAACUUCGAAGAAUGUAUCUGCUUGGAAUAUGAAGAGGUUGCUGAAAAUAGUUAGAUAUGGAAGUAUUACCACACUGGAUGAGCAGAUACAGGGGCCGUCUCUUGAUGAUGAAUCUACUACUACCGAGAUCAAAAGUGAACGCGAGGCAAGGGCUGCUGCUAAGAAGAUUUUUCAGAACGUGGCUCGGCCCAGGUUCAAGUACAUAUACCUGGACGACUUAAUGCGGUUCAUGAAAGAAGAAGAGGUUCUUAAAACACUUAGUCGCUUUGAGGGAGCAACUGAGAGCCGGAGGAUAAGCAAGUCUGCCUUGAAUAAUUGGGUGGUCAAUGCCUUCAGAGAACGUAGAGCCCUUUCUUUAACACUGAAUGAUACCAAAACAGCUGUUGAUAGACUUCGCCUUGUGGUGAAUGUCAUAUUCAGCAUCUUUAUAUUAGUUUUAUGGAUUAUAUUACUAGGAAUUGCCUCCAGAAAAGUCAUCCUCUACAUUAGUUCUCAAAUAGUGCUUGCGGCAUUCAUUUUUGGGAACACUCUAAAGAACAUAUUUGAAGCAAUCAUCUUCUUGUUUGUCAUGCAUCCGUUCGACGUCGGAGAUCGAUGUGAAAUCGAUGAUAUUCAGAUGGUUGUAGAGGAAAUGAACAUCUUGACUACUGUGUUCUUGAGACACGACAACCUGAAGAUUAUUGUCCCAAAUAGUGUUCUUGCAACCAAAGUGAUCCACAACCACUACCGUAGUCCCGACAUGGGCGAAUUUAUUCAAAUCUGUGUCCAUAUAAUGACGCCACUUGAGAAAAUUACGGCCAUGAAACAGAGAAUCAUAAGUUUCAUUGAAGCCGACAAAGAACACUGGUGUCCUUCCCCAAUUAUUUUGAUGAAGGAUAUAGAUAGUGCAGACAAAUUGGCCAUGUCAAUUUGGCUGUCACACACAAUGAACCACCAAGACAUAAGGGAAAGAUGGGCUCGGAGAUCCGUCGUGGUCGAAGAGGUAUUGAAGAUCUGUCAAGAGUUCGACAUUACACCGACUCUCGUCCCACCACCGUGAUCGAACUUCCUCUGCAAGUUGAACAGCUACACACAACAAGGCUUCACUUUCACCCUCUCGGAUAUAUGUUUUUUCCUGCUAUGCCUAUGCCAAAUACAUUAUACAGAUUCACCAAUCAUCUUUCUGAGGAGAAGACAAGAGACUCAUGCUCUAUAAACCUAUUUCAAAUAUGACCGUGUUUCGAAUCGCGGAUAGAUCGGUAAACAUAUUUCGUUACACUAAUCGAGAAUGUCCGUAGAGACCGAGAAAGUCGAGAGGAAGUGAACUAUCUAUUAGCAAGAGUUGUUUGACUUUGAGUUUGUUUUUAGUUGAAGAUGUUCAAAACAUCAUUGUACUGAUAUACUAACGUGUAUAAUAGAUACUUAUCCUUUUGUUAGGAACUCAGGUGUUUAUAUCCAUGUCAAAUUGUAAAGUGUUUGCAAGAAGGCACUCAUGAACUGUGUGUCCUUCAUUUUAUGUACCUAUAUGAAACGAGAAGAUAAUACAGUUACAUUAUAGAGAU